AAAGUCACUUUCGUCUCUGAAAUCUCUGUUUACUGGGUACCCAAUUCCCCAUAAAAACUUCUUCCCAAUUAGUUAUAGUAAUCAACCUCUUCAAAUUUUAAUUAAAAAAAAAAACUAAACUAAACUUGGUCCAACUCUCAUUUGGCCAUUUCCAUUUCCAUGCCCUCCACUUCUCUUAUUUUUCUUUCUUCUUCUUCUCUAUCUGUCUUUAUUUAUUUCUUCUUCAAUUGCUUUAAAGUGAAGACAAAUGGGUUCGUGCGCUUCCCUUUACGGCAGAUCGGCCGUGGUGAAGGCGCCGCCGCCGCCGGAGACUGUGACGGACAAGUUCGAGAUUCCGCCCUCGCCCAUCAAACACUUUAAGCUACAAACCAAUACCGAAUCCGCCAUUAAAGACAUCUCUGUAGUAUCUCACCACAAGACGCCUUCUGGUUUGGGCAGUAAAGAAGAAGCGUUUUUUGAUUCUCGGGCGUGGUUGGAUUCUGAUUGUGACGAUUUCUUCAGUGUCAAAGGAGAUUUCACCCCUUCCUGCGGCAGCACUCCACUUCACCACCGCUUUCCGGCGGAAACUCCCCGAGCAAGUGGCGGCGACGACCAACUUCCCACUGUCAAAUCCCCGCCAUUGCCCGCGAAGAGGAGGAAGAAACUAGUAGAACUCUUCCGGGAGAGCCUCGGCGGCGAUGCGAGUUUCGCUUUCCUAAACAGCGAGGAAAAUCCGCCGGAGGAUUUGACGAAUGGAAAAGUCGAUGAACCUUGCGUUUCAGGGGCUGCUUCGGUCUGCAGCAGCGGUAGGACCACAGCCGGCGCCGGCACUGAGUUGGGUGACGAGAAGGCGAUCGGAUUCGGGUCGAAGCUGUGCUGUCUUCCGGCGUUGGUUUCGCGUCACAGUUCGAGCGAGAGGAAGGAGGAUUUGAAGGCUUCUGCCAUGGCUGUCAAUGGCGUAUCUUGAGCGCAAAAUCAACGGAAAUUUGUAUGAAUUGCAGAAAAGGCAAACGGAAAGUUGCAGAGGAAGUGGGGGACCUCUUGAAGGUUUGAUCUUCAUUAUUUUAAAUAAAUCAGCUCAGCUCCUCUGUAAUGGAAAAUCAGCCAUUUUUCCCACGCAAGGGAGGGAGAAGGUGGGAUGGGGUUUUGAAGCACAAAAUAGUAAAUAUGAAUACUUCUUGUUGCAGUCAAAGGUAAAAUUGUACAUUUGGUCCCCUAAUUUUUUAAGUUGGGUUUAAUAUCA